GGUUCGCGAGCCGAAGUGGCUGCAGCUGGCGCCGCGUCUGCCCCGCGUGCCCGGAGCGGAUUCUGCCCGCCGCCCCCGGAGCCCUCGGCGCCCCACUGAACCCGCGAUCGCUUCCUCCCUGUGACCGACCAGCGCUGCAGCUCAGAGCCCGGCAAUGCCGUUUGGGUGUGUGACUCUGGGUGACAAGAAGAACUAUAACCAGCCAUCGGAGGUGACUGACAGAUAUGAUUUGGGACAGGUCAUCAAGACUGAGGAGUUCUGUGAGAUCUUUCGGGCCAAGGACAAGACAACAGGCAAGCUGCACACCUGCAAGAAAUUCCAGAAGCGGGAUGGCCGCAAGGUGCGGAAGGCAGCCAAGAACGAGAUAGGCAUCCUCAAGAUGGUGAAGCAUCCCAACAUCCUACAACUGGUGGAUGUGUUUGUGACCCGCAAGGAGUACUUUAUCUUCCUGGAGCUGGCCACGGGGAGGGAGGUGUUUGACUGGAUCCUGGACCAGGGCUACUACUCGGAGCGAGACACGAGCAACGUGGUGCGGCAGGUCCUGGAGGCGGUGGCCUACCUGCACUCACUCAAGAUCGUGCACAGGAACCUCAAGCUGGAGAACCUGGUUUACUACAACCGGUUGAAGAACUCAAAGAUUGUCAUCAGCGACUUUCACCUGGCUAAGCUAGAGAAUGGCCUCAUCAAGGAGCCCUGUGGGACCCCCGAGUACCUGGCCCCAGAGGUGGUAGGCCGGCAGCGGUAUGGACGCCCUGUGGACUGCUGGGCCAUUGGAGUCAUCAUGUACAUCCUGCUUUCAGGGAAUCCACCUUUCUAUGAGGAGGUGGAGGAAGAUGACUAUGAGAACCACGACAAGAACCUCUUCCGCAAGAUCCUGGCUGGCGACUAUGAGUUUGACUCUCCAUACUGGGAUGACAUUUCGCAGGCGGCCAAAGACCUGGUCACAAGGCUGAUGGAGGUGGAGCAAGACCAGCGGAUCACUGCGGAAGAGGCCAUUUCCCAUGAGUGGAUUUCUGGCAAUGCUGCUUCUGAUAAGAACAUCAAGGAUGGUGUCUGUGCCCAGAUUGAAAAGAACUUUGCCAGGGCUAAGUGGAAGAAGGCUGUCCGAGUGACCACCCUCAUGAAACGGCUCAGGGCACCGGAGCAGUCCAGCACGGCUGCAGCCCAGUCUGCCCCAGCCACAGACACUGCCACCUCUGGGGCUGCAGACCGUAGUGCCACCCCAGCCACAGAUGGCAGUGCCACUCCAGCCACUGAUGGGAGCAUCACCCCAGCCACUGAUGGGAGCAUCACCCCAGCCACUGAUGGGAGUGUCACCCCAGCCACUGACAGAAGUGUUACUCCAGCCACUGAUGGGAGAGCCACACCAGCCGUGGAAGAGAGCACCAUGCCCACUACCCAAAGCAGUGCCACACUGGCCACCAAGGCUGCUGCCACCCCUGAGCCGGCUUUGGCCCAGCCGGACAGCACAGCCCCAGGGGGCGCAACAGGCCAGGCUCCACCCUCUAGUAAAGGGGAAGAGGCUGCUGGCUCUGCCCAGGAGUCUCGGAGGGAGGAGACCAGCUGA